AUGCGCAUUUACCACCCGUUGACUCUCGCUGCCAUGUGCGUCGUCUUGCACGAGACGCUUGGUGCCGCCCAGCACGCGAAUACUCUGGCGCACCCCGAGCACCGCAACGUUGCGCAGCCCAUUAGCUCGAUGAAGCGCCACCUCCGCGGUGAUCGUCGCCACCUCGACCAAAUCGCGUCGGCUACUGAAAUCAGUAUCCCGGAUGAGACCCUCAUCGGUGUCACCACCGACGAUGCGGUGGGUGCAGACAACAAGAACGAGACCGAUGGCAACAAGGACAUCGAUUCGAAAAAUGGAGAUGCCGGUAACAACGAGAACGAAGUUUCCAACGACGAUGACACCGAUGCGGCUGACGAGGCCGUUGUCGCCGACAUUGAUGUCACCACCAUCGAGGAUGCCGAAGUCGCUGUCGUGGCUGAGGACGUCGAGGAAACCGACAACGCUGACACCGACGACGAGGCCGUAGCCGACGACGAGAUUGUCGUCGCCGACAACGAAGACGAAGUUUCCAACGAAGUCGUCACCGAUAUCGAUGCCACCACCGUCGAGGACGCUGCAGUCGCUGUCGUGGCUGAGGACGUCGACGAGACCGACAACGCUGACGCUGAAGAGGAGGUCGAAGCCGACGACGAGAUUGUCAUCGCUGACAUCGAAGGCGAAGCUUCCAACGAA